AGAUUAGAUCCAGCCAUUUGCACGGGAGACCUUCUCGAUCAGCGUCACUAUCGUUAUGAGAAAGAAACUGAUGGCAAUUAUCGAUUCACGUCUGACCAGAGUGGAUCGUGUCGACUAGUCUGGUACACGACUGAACGCAUAGUCUCGUGCUUUGAUUCGCUUUCAUUCAUUCACGCAAAGCGGUCGGAUGGAAAUUUAAAUGAGCGCAGCAACAGCUCGCUCUACUUUCUUUUUAUGGGUGACUCGAGAGUUCGUCAACAGUUUUACAACUUUGUUGUGUUGAUUCCAGACUACGAUCAAAUAAGGCAGCCCAUUCAAAAUUCACGUUCGUUUCAUGAUGAGAUGGAAAUCACGAGCAACAUUCUCAAACUGCGAUUGUCGUUCAAAUGGCGACCCCUCAUUGAUGACAAUGUCACUGAUACAGUUCGUCGAUGGGCAUCUUCUGACUCAUCUGAACGGCCUCAUCUCCUUUUUCUCAGUAUAGUAGUACACCACAUGCUGGGAACCAACGGCGCCGACCAUCGACUGUACGAGGAAAAUUUUAAAAAAUUCGCUCCAGAGCUGGGCCGGUUAGCAAAUGUGUCUCAAGUGAUCUGGUUCAAUCAAUAUCCAGUUGAGGAACUACCCGAGAAAAUUCACGACCACAAUACUUACAUUCACUCAGAGAAGAUAGACAACUACAACAAGGCCAUUCGACGCCUGUUAGAGAGUGAAAGCAGUCGUAUCCGCAUAUGGGAUUCAAGUGAUCCGUUAGCAGAAGAGUAUAUCCGCUCGUGUGCCGUCCUAAAACGCGACGAGAUCGUUCAAGUCGAUCGCCGUUCUUACCUGUUCAAAGAUGCUGCCUUCGCAGAUUGCAACGACUUUAUUCACACGGGCUAUUCAGCACUUUCACAAGCCACUAAUCUUUUGUACAAUGACAUUUGCAAUGAUGUGAUGGAAUUGCAUUGAUCUUGAAUUUCCUUGUGUCGUCCAUCUCCGCGUAAGCA